AUGGGCCCCUGUACCGCCUCCUCAUGCUGCUGCCAGGCCCGUAAUCUGCCAUGGGCCCCCGUACCGCGUCCUCAUGCUGCUGCCAGGCCCGUAAUCUGCCAUGGGCCCCCGUACCGCCUCCUCAUGCUGCUGCCAGGUCCAGAGUGUCUCAUGGGUCCCUGUACGGCCUCCCAUUGCUGCUGUCUCCAUCGCCACACUCUGCCAUGUGCCACUUUCAGGUCUCCUCACACUGCUGGUGGGUUCCAUUUUGUCAUAGGGUGCUGUAUGGCCUCCCAUUGCUGCUGCCUCCACCGCCACACUGUGGCUCCACACUCUGGUUUUGGCCCCGUGACUGCCCAAAUGAGUGAAGUGUGCGGUGAUUCUAAGAUCGACGGCACUCAUCUGCAUGUCAUACUGACUGACAGUAUUAUUUCUCUUCCCCAGCAGACUCCAAGGGCAUUUAAAUUAAGGGUACAGUGUUCUGCACUAAUAUAA